AUGUCAGCUUACGCAUAUCCCCUAUUUACUUUAAUGCUUUAUAUACUUAUAUGUACAAUAAAAAUGAAAUUUACUAUCAUUGAAGCUAAAAAUUGUCCACCUACUGAGAUAACAAGUUCUUCACAAAGAAGUUUGAAUUCCAAAUUAAAAUGUCUUCGAUUAUUUACUGAACAAUCUCAAGAUGGGGAUUGGUUCGAUAUAUGCGAUAGUAAUGAGCUGCUUUCAUCACUUUUUAUAUGGAAAAUACAGUCGGCUUGUGCUCCAGCGUCUGGGAGUUCUGGAAAGCAAAGAUAUUGGCUAUUAUACGAACAACCCCAUUUCACUGGUCCCUACAUACUUCUCGGUCCUGAUAGAUGUGUAGACAACGUUUAUAAAUACAAGUUGAUAUCAAUCUCUUCAAUACUUACAUGUACACAGAAUUUACAAACCUCGCCUUAUCCUACAGUGAAUUGUCAUUAUCCGAAGCAACCAUGGAGACAAUUACAAUCACUGAUGCAGCAUACUAAGGACAGUAAGGAUAAAUCACAAGAUGGUGUCAGUAAAGGAAAAAUCUGUUUCCAAGUAAAAGGGGAAAUCCAUGCCACACUGCGUAAAACUCAAAAUUUAACUGAUUUACUAAGAGAAAGUGUAAAUAAUAAAUAA